CGCACAGACGCAAGCAUCCCACUGGCUGGAGUUGGAGGACACUCGCCCGUUUCGUUUCCAGCGCUGCUCUGAUCCCUGGUCUUUGUCUCCCUGCGGUGAGAAGACCACCCGCACGGGAGGGAAAGGAAGAAAGAAGCACUUCUUUUUGUGUGUGUAGGCUGUUAGGAGUCAGAGAAACUGUGCAGAAUCGGAACUGGACACUUUUUGGAGGGGGGAUUAUUUCUCGCGUGAGGCGAGCUGGAUCUGUUCUGUACAGCGGAGCGCGCACUGUUACGUCUUUUCAAUGGAUUUCAAUACAGUGGAAGUACCCUGGGAAUUCAACUACUGUUAAGUCGCUUUUAGUUCGCACAUUUCGUUCCAACAAGGGUUUAUGUUUCACAUGGAGAGGAAGACGAUGAUCCUCGCAGUAUUGUAUGUCCUUCUGCCUCUUUUAGAUGUGUUGUCUUAUGCCGAGGAGAACCUGCGUGCUGGGGCCACCCGGCUGGACUGUGUGAGGGCCAGUGAGCAGUGCCUGAGGGAGCAGGCGUGCAGCACCAAGUACCGCACCAUGAGGCAGUGCGUGGCCGGCGGCAAGGAGAGCAACUUCAGUAUGGUGGCCGGCCUGGAGGCCAAGGACGAGUGCCGGAGCGCCAUGGACGCACUCAAACAGAGCCCGCUGUACAACUGCCGGUGUAAAAGGGGCAUGAAGAAAGAGAAGAACUGCCUGCGCAUUUAUUGGGGCAUCUAUCAGACGCUACAAGGUAAUGAUUUCUUGGAGGAUUCUCCGUAUGAACCUGUGAACAGCCGUCUAUCUGACAUUUUCCGCCUGGCUCCCAUCAUAGAGGGUGGGGAACCUUGGAGCAGCUUCGCCACUUCGGCUCCAGGCAGGGGGGGCGCCCAGGGCAGGGUAUCUCAGGGCAGAGAGCCCGCUCUGGGCAGAGGGAGCCCCUCUUCCACGGAACUGCAGGAUCCCAGUAGAAACAGGAGAGCUCAUCCCAAUUGGGCCAUACUGGGUGAGCCUGCAGUAGCCAGAGAGAAUAACUGUCUGAAUGCUGCCAAGGCCUGCAACCUGAAUGACACAUGUAAGAAGUACCGCUCGGCCUACAUCAGCCCCUGCACCAGCCGUGUCUCCACUGCUGAAGUCUGCAACAAGAGGAAGUGCCACAAGGCCCUGCGGCAGUUCUUUGACAAGGUUCCUCCGAAACACAGCUAUGGCAUGCUGUUCUGCUCAUGCCCACUUAGUGACCAGACAGCAUGUUCUGAACGCAGGCGUCAGACGAUUGUCCCUGUCUGUUCGUACGAAGAAAAACAGAAACCCAACUGUCUGGAACUGCAGGCCUCCUGCAAGACCAACUACAUCUGCAGGUCACGACUGGCUGACUUUUUUGUCAACUGCCAGCCGGAGCCUCGCUCGCUGUCAGGCUGUCUGAAGGAGAACUACGCAGACUGCCUCCUCUCAUACUCGGGUCUGAUUGGUACCGUGAUGACACCCAACUACCUGCGCUCACCCAAAAUCAGCGUCUCUCCCUACUGCGACUGCAGCAACAGCGGCAACAACAAGGAUGAAUGUGACAAGUUCACCGAGUUUUUCACAGAGAACACCUGCCUCCGUAAUGCCAUCCAGGCCUUUGGGAAUGGGACAGAUGUGGGAGUGUGGCAGCCGAUGUCCCCUGUCCAGACGACCACUUCCACCACCACCCCCUACCAGAGGAACCGUGAACGCAACCCCAACACUAUUGACAACCACAUCAACACAGACCCUGGCAUCUACCACUUCUGUGGCAGCUUACAGGCUCAGAAAUUAAAGUCAAACUCAACUGUUGAUGGUGUCUUCUGUGUGGACCCUCAGAUAGACGGCCCAAGUACAUCCAACGCCAUCCUGAGAAACUCAGCUGUCUCCAGACGGCCUGCAGGCCUGGCCUUUCUGCUGCCCCCACUGCUGUGGCUGUGGUACUGCAGCCUGCCGGGGCUCUCGUCACCAGGCGUCUUGUAGCCUCACAGCUUCACAGCAACAAACUACAACGGACUGACAAACACACAUUUGUAUAAAAGAAAAAGCAAAACAAGAAAUUAUAUCCUUUCUUCUCAGUAAUAUCUGUUGUACUUUUAUUUCCCUCUGAAUUCUAUCUCUCUUUCGAAUCCUACUUUGUUUUUUUUAAAUGAAUUUUUAGGACGCUUUGUUGUUUUAUUGUUUAUUUUUGCAUUGCAGCUGUGUGCUAAAAUGGUGAUCUACUGUACAUGUUAACUCAGUUUGGCCGUGUGUUCCCUUUGAGUUAGCUUCCAUGUUGCUCUCUUGGGCAGAAAUGAGAAAAUACUUGAGGACUACAUUCCAAUAAACCACAGCGGGUGGCUCUUGGAAAGGUACACACAAUGUAAAUUAGCAUACAUUUUCAGAGUCGUCAAAUCUGUUCUCACCCACGUCUGUUUGUGUGUUGAGGCUAUAGGUGGGAUCUUUCGCUUAAAAGUCACAGUCAGUUCAGUAACGGCUACAUUUUAUCACUUGGGCAGCCUUUUAAGUGUUAUUCAGUCUCCUCCUGUGUGGUUUGUGUAUGUUUUGAUAAUGACGUGAUCUGGUAUUUUACAUUUUUAUGAAAAAGUCCAUACGGAGAUUUACCUGACAAAACAAUGUCACUUGAAAGCCUUUUUUUUUUCAGGUUGAACACCAAUAACUUAAAACAUCAGAGAAGUUAGAACAUCUGUGCCCAAACCCUCUUUACUGUAGCUCAUACUGAACACACAUCGCCGCUGGCGGAAGCACACAGGCAAAGGCCCACAAACACAUACUGCACAUUUUCACACAUUCAGACAAAAACACACAGAAACACACAUAGCGCCAGGCGUUCUGCUCCCUUUUUUUACUCCUAGUUUUUGCCAACAGAGUGAUACUCAGAGAUCACAGGACAGUAGGUAAUGCUGCUGUGGAUGGCUGAAUCCACUCCACUCAUUAGUGAUUGUACAUACUUGUAAUUGUUAGAAAUCCAAGCCAUGUUUAGUGUUUCUCUGUGGAAGGUGACAGAGAAGCUGCUGCAGUUUCACCUGAACACUUUUUUUCCCCUUCUUUUUUAGUUGUGAUGUACUUUGCUGCACUGCGUCCACAAAAACAAGAGCUGAGGAAAAAACUAGGCUUAUUGUUGUAGAGUAUAUUCAAUGGUGACUCACACGUCCAUCGCUCCAAAAACUCAAAGCAUCCUUUUCUGUAAGUUCAGUGACUUAUUGCCGCAAUUGUGAAACUGUCAACACGUGUUUGGGGAGGGGGAGAUCACUUGAAAUUGACCAUUUGCUAAGCCCCACCACCCUUAGUUACUGCCAGUACCACUAUUUUGUAUUCUGGCAUAGCACGUAUGCAGUUUACCAUAAUAACUGUGGCAGAGUUGCUUCUCGAAAUUGUUUCUAGAAAAAUCCGCAUUUGAUUUCAGAUAGUAGACAAAAGGACGUUUCUAAAUUUCAACUAGUGACCAUCCAGUUAAAAGGACAACUGUCACUACCAUCAACUAUAGCUAGCUAAUAAAUAGUUUUUUUGGUGUCAAUUAGAAACCUUGUCCAGCUGAUUUUUUUUAAUAUAUGGCUGACAUUAAAAAAAUGAUAACCCUAAAUUUUGUUUUUGUUACGCAUUUAAUGGCUACAUCAAAUUAGCAUAUCUUACUAACUCUGGACCGCAAUAUAAACACUGAUAAGGCUUAUAAUGUAUGUAAAGAGCAAACAAUCAGCAGUUGAUGAUGAAGGAACAGCAUUGUUGUAUUUAAGAAUACAGCUACAGCACUACAGCUUUAUAAGGGAAAAUAUAACUGAUUGUUAUUUUAUGAUAAUGUAACUCCAAACCCUUUUUCUCACAUUUUUGGUUCUGGAAAGGUGGAAAAAAACAACAACACCAUCAUUCAAGCUAGUUGGAUACAGACAAUCUCUCUUUAGUUAGCCCCUUGAACACCACUUCAGCAUCUUGAUUGGACUCCAAAGAUUGACAAAGCUGCUCUGUUUAAACUGAAGUGAAUCAUUGUUUGGAGGAGGGGUUUAGCAAAUGGUCAGUUCUGUCUUUUUAUGAAACCAACUCCAGCAAACACGUGACACGUGACCUAUGUACUGUAUGUAAAUCAUCAAAGCAUUUUGUAUGUCUGCUCCCGAGGACUGCUGGGGGGAAAAAAAAGGCACAGCAUCGCGAUCAUGUUCAAUUCUCAGUUGUAGAUCUGUUUUCAUCAGCUUUUCAGAUGGAGGCGUAUGUAUCCUCCCCACAGGAAAUGCAAACUUUUCAUUCUGACAGACUUCCCUCCGAUGCAGACGUUUACAUACAUCACUGCGGCAUGUUCAAGCAAGUUACUUUAGCCCUUUGGACACUGACGGGAGCAUUUAUGACACGCUGCUUGGGUUUAUGUAUUCUCAAAACAUGAUUAAUGUAUAGUAGAACUUAAAUGUUAUUUACCGAGCAUAAACAUGGUAUAUGCACUGUAUGUACUUGGCUGAAACUAUAAAUUGGACAAAUAAAUGUCUGAUGAUAUUGUAUUCCAGAGCAUUGUGAGCUAUUUUGACAUUCAGAUACAACAUAGAGUACAUUGAAUAAGCCAGAAUAUUGUUUUUUAUAACAACUUGUGUGUAUAUUUCUCCCAGUAUGUACAUGAAAUUGGAAUAUUAUUGCAUCUGAGAAAGAGGAUAUCAUUGUAACUCUCCCUCUGUAGUUAAAUAGUCCCAUUUAUGACGUUGCUUAAAUAUAGUAUUGAUUUUUUUGGCUAAGAUUUGAACUUAUUUUUCUAUCUUUUACAAAGUUUUGCUGUUGCGAUGAGUUGAAGUGAACGAGACUGACCGGCCACUUAUAUUUAAAUUGUUCAACUUUUUAAAGAUUUUUCAGUGCCGUUACCAUUAUUAUUUUGGUUUUACUGCUGAAAUAAUUAUGGUGACAAUAACUAAAAGUUGUGCAAGAAAGAAAAUUCUCAUUGCAUGGUGAAAGAGAAAAAAGUGUUGAAGGACAAAUAUAUUCUAUACCAUACCACUGAAGGCUUUGUUAUGGUAUAUUUGACCAGAAGUGGGCAAGUGGGAAGAUUCCCACAGAUUGUGAAAUUUGGAUGGAAAGUUAAAGAGAAAUAUUAUGAGUUGCCAAACGACAAAAAGCUGGCCCCGACUACAUUUCUCAGAACUGUGUCUUACAGUUUGUUUGAUCAUUUUAUAUUUGAAUCCCAGUGUCAUAUCUUGAUUGGCCCUGGAAUGUGAGAUAAAGUUUAUAGAGUUUGUUCAGCUUUUUUUGAAGAGUUCCUCUGAGCUCAGAAACCCUCAAAACUGGGGUCAACUCCUCCUGAUGUAAGGAUCCCACUUUUGGAUAAAAAAAGUUAAAGAUGUUAAAAAUGUUUGCUGUCCAUCUCCAUCCCAUCUGUUGUUACCAAAAAUGGCUUUUUGGAGAUGCAGACUCCCUCAGAUAUCUGGCAUCAUUAACUUCUUAGCUUGUGAAAAUGUAAAAUCUAUUGUACAAAAGUUAUGAUUAAAAACUG